GUUAAUUUCUUUAUGUUGCAGGUAUGCUGAAUAAAUUGGUACGUGAAGCGAAAUGGUGGGGUGAAACAUUUGUUGGUCUUGCUAAGGUUAUCGCCAGCCCUAAUGCUCCUAUUCCAGCUGCUGAUAUCCAUCCACGUCAACCGGCUAUCCCGAGUACACCUGCUGAAGGAUUCCGAGCAUUUCCAUUUCGCUGGUGGUGGAAAUUGUGUCCGUUUAACAGAAAUAUCGUUCUGUGGAUGUCGAUACUGAUUCCAAUAUAUAUAGCUAAGUUUCCACCAGAAAUUUGGAAAGCCAUGUUGGUACAUCAAAUUCCGGAACAUAUGUCUUUGCACAAAAGACGUGGGAAGGCACAGCGCAUUCAAGAUGAGUUGUACUUUGCGAAAUAUGAUCCACUGAAAGAAGAAACUCCAGUUGGUGUUAGAAAGUAGCUCUCAUAUAGUGUUUUCCACUUCAUGUAGAUGAUAGUUGGAUUUUUGACUUUCAUUAACUGGCCUAAUGAAUAUUAUCAGAUUUUUAUAGAGUGAUCUUGCUAUUUAUCCCAGUAAAGAUGCAUUUUUUAUGUCUGUGGUUUUCAUGCGUUUGAACGACGUGAGCUUUCGCAAGGUUUGGAAAUUGAAGCAUUCUAUUAAGCGAUGGGAGGCUGUUAUAGUAAGGAUGUGGGAGAUGAUUGGUUGCGUUCUGCUGGCUUCAUCUUACAUAACUUUACCUUUCCUUAUUUGGAGUGUACAAAAUUUUGCAACUGCUAUAGAAAGGAUCGUGGUACUUGUCUGAGGAACCAAUUGUCUUCGCUCUUAUGUGCAUGGAUAUCUCCAUGUAUUCGUAAGUAUUCGUAAUGUAUUCGUAAGUAUUCGUAUGUAUUCGUAAGUUGUAUUUUGGAGCUGAAGUGUGUUAACGACACAUUCCAAAACCUUUGAAAGCUUCAAUCUGAGAGUUGUACACCCCUUCAACACUUUACAGCAACGUCGGUGCUAUCAUCCAAUUUCUGCUAUAAUAGAAUGCAUUUUCGAUGCCGGUUGUAACCUGAGUUUGCAGCUUACUUGUCUCACUGUUCUUGAAAUGUGAUUUGCUCCAAUUAUCCCGUUUAUCUGGCGAGUAAGGUUGAAUUUAUAAAGCAGUAAAGUUUUUUUAGAGCGAAUGGCGACUGAAAUUAUUAAGUUCAUCAUGCUCUUAAAUUCGAAGAGAAAAGAAUCAUUUGUUGUUUACAAUUCGUCGAAAGAUUUGGUCCAG